UUCAGACCAUCGACCAAGACGAUGUCAUCCCAAUUCUCUGUGACUGUGCGUACUUCCUGAAGAAUCGACCGUGUUUUACGAUGGUAGGUUGAUUCUGCCACUCGCGAGGGAGAGGAAGGAGAACUAGGUUGCCUUGCCUGUACUGGGGAUGAUGUUGGUGUAGAGGGUCCACGAAAAGAGGCCAAGCGGCUCAUAAUUAGAGAAUAAACGAAAUUGAAUUGUGCAGCGAAGAAUGGUAAACGUCAGAAAGGAUGAGACUACCUAUUCUGGCAGUUUCCUCAGAGCAGAGGCUGAGCUCGUCCUAGAAGAGGCUCGGAGAGCCAAGGCAGAGAAGACCAAAGACUUGGGUUCACCCAUUAAACUGUCUGGACUUGCUCUUGCGAUCCAAGUUCGAGGUAAUCACGCAUGGAUAGCUGAGAAUACAUCUGUUAUUCGAAAGAUUGACCUUGAGACUGGCAAAACGCUCCAAGUGUUCCGUGGACACACUGCACCGGCGACUUCACUCGCAUUCUAUGAGAAGGUACCUGGUUCUGGGGAUGAUGGUAUCCUGAUAUCUGGGUCAUGGGACAAAACGAUCAAUGUGUGGGAUGUUGAGACGAAGCAGUUGAUCUCCUCGACGCCCGCACACACGGAUUUUGUCAAGUCUCUGUUAGUUAUCCCAUCACUCAAACUACUGGUGUCCAGUAGUUCAGACAAGAUAGUCAGAUUCUGGGAUUUAUCUUCACUUCAUAAUGGCAAACCGUUACAAUCAGUCGGUUCAAUCUCAGCACACACACGACCUGUAGAAUCUCUCUAUGCGCGUCCCGAGUCGAAUUCCACCGCCAUUCUCUAUACCGGUGAUACGAUGGGUAUCAUCAAAGUAUGGGAACUUAGCAAAGAAGCAGACGUAUCUCCGCCUAGAUUCCGGGCUACCCAGAUCGAUGACCUACAGAACCAUCGGACAGGUGUGAAUGAGAUGUAUCAUGGUAAUGGCCAACUAUGGACUGCCUCCUCAGAUGAUACAGUUCAAAUCAUAGACCACCCCACCCAAGCCUCCUCAUCUUCAAAACCCAUCCCACCAAUCACUCAUCCAACAGCAGUCAAAGCCAUCCUACCCAUUUCCCUCACACCUCUCGCGGAACCCUACCUCCUCACAGGUUCCGGAGACGUCAUUCGGGUAUAUGAUGUCUCUUCCCCUCGUGAACCAGAACUUCUCAAUACAGUGGAUGCACAUUGGCAUGACGUGACCGCACUGAGGUUGUGGAUGAGACGCACUGCUGUGGAGGGUCAAUUGGGGAAGGUUAUGGUUGAGCCUUGGGUGAUUAGUACGAGUUUGGAUGGGACGAUUCGGAAAUGGAAGUUGACAGAAUUGCUGCAGCCUCCGCCGCCUAAGCCGAUAGAGACCACAGCUUUGGCUCCAGUAGAACCAGUAAAACUUGAGAAGACAUCAGGCCUCACGGAAGAAGAGGAACGUGAGUUGGCCGAACUUAUGGAAGACGACUGAUAGGACAUAUAUGGAAGCAGAUCGUAAUGUACAAUGCGAUAGAUGAGAAUACUUGAUACCCAGCCUCGUAUAUAUCUUGUAAUAGAUUCAUUCAAAUGAUACGCCAUUGAGGGUUUAG